AGUCCUCGUGGCGGCUGACGACGACCCGAACGAUCCGCUCAACUGCCUCGACGACUGCUUAGGUUCGGGGACGGAGCAGCAGCAGCCGUCUUGUAUGAACCGCCUCAGCAGCAGCAGCAGCAACUUCACCUGCACAACAGAAGAAGGCAGCGACUGCGGCAGCAGCAGCGCGAGCAGCGACCUCAGCAGCAGCUGCAGCAGAUUCGACAAGCAGCAGCAGCUGCAGCAGCAGCAGCAAGCCUGGCAGCGGAAUCCACGGGAAGCCGCCGUCUGUGCUGUUCCAUCUGCAGGCUUCGCGCAGCAGCAGCAGCAGCAGCAUUUGCAGCAGCAGCAGCAACUGCAGCAACCGGAGCCAGCCGCUGCACAGUACACCCACCUGCAGCGGCACCAUGAAAUCCAGCAGCAGCAGCAGCAGCAGCAGCAGAGUUGUGCUGCAGUGAGUGGCAGCCCUGCAGCAGCAGCAGCAGCCGCAGGAAGCAAGACUUGUGCUGCUGCAGCAGAAGCAGCCAGCUCUGAAGGCCAGAGUCCGGCCUUCGUGCUCGUGGAAGAGGACGACCAAGAGCAGCAGGAGCAGCAGCAGCAGCAACAACUCCAGAAGCAGCAGCAGCAGCAGCAGCAGCUGCCCGGCGCAAUGCACGUUGGGUACGGCCUCAGCAGCACGGAAGCUCGCCCUGGGAUGAUACAGGAGAAGUACGGCUCCCCAGACCAGCAGCAGCAGCAGCAGCAGCAGUACGCGCUACUGCAGCAGCAGCAGCAGCAGCAGCACCAGUUUCCCCUGCAGCAGCAGCAGCAGCAGCUCCAGUACGUGAUGACGGACUGCAGCGCGCAGCAGGCGCCGGAGGCAGCAGCCUCUCCGGCGCGCCUAGGUGCAGCGGGGGAGCUGCACUGCAUGCAGCGGCC